GUGACGUGGCACGGGGGGCGGAAGAGCUUGUUUGUGUUUUGGUUCUGAGGGGAAGUUACGAGAAGAAAGAAAGGAGGAGACGUGACGGGAUUGUUGAAACUAUUUUCUUGGUUCCCCAAUACCAACCCACCACAGUGUCCCGGGCUCCGUGUGUAAAUACUACAGCAGUGGUAUUUAAAGUUCAAAACAUCGUCUGGCUCUCAGCAGAAGUCCUGCUUGUGAGGUUUGGCACACAGGACACCGGGGGAUCUGACUAGGUCAUGGCCAAUCGGGGAGGAGCUACGAGACCCAAUGGACCCAAUGCAGGGAACAAGAUCUGUCAGUUUAAGCUGGUGCUGUUGGGGGAGUCAGCUGUUGGGAAGUCCAGCUUAGUGCUCCGCUUCGUCAAGGGUCAGUUCCAUGAAUUCCAGGAGAGCACGAUAGGAGCUGCCUUCCUCACCCAGACAGUGUGUCUCGAUGACACAACAGUGAAGUUUGAAAUCUGGGACACUGCAGGUCAGGAGCGUUACCACAGUUUGGCUCCCAUGUAUUACAGAGGAGCACAGGCCGCCAUCGUGGUCUACGACAUCACAAACGAGGAGUCCUUUGCUCGGGCAAAGAACUGGGUGAAGGAGCUGCAAAGACAAGCUAGCCCUAACAUAGUCAUCGCUCUGUCAGGCAACAAGGCUGACCUAGCCAACAAGAGAGCUGUCGACUUCCAGGAUGCUCAGUCAUACGCAGACGACAACAGCUUACUUUUCAUGGAGACGUCGGCCAAGACAUCUAUGAAUGUGAAUGAGAUAUUUAUGGCCAUUGCUAAGAGAUUGCCGAAGAGCGAGCCACAGGCUGCAGGAGCCAACAGCGGGCGAAGCCGGGGAGUGGACCUGACAGAAGCUGCCCAGCCAGCCAAGGCUCCAUGCUGCAGUAACUAACGUGAAGAACGCCUUCCCUCCAACCAACCUGUAGAGCAGUAACUAAUGCGGCUGAUGCCUUGAAUGCCACCGCAGUUACUAAUGCAAUGUGUUGUAUUCUUCUCUCCAAUUCUCUGCAACACAAGAAAAGAUGCCCUGUGCCCUCACUUCUUUUUGCAGUAACGAAGUCAAUGCCAUUACACUGAUCUCUCCACAUGGCUCCGCCUCUUUUCCUCCAUCAUGGUUCUGCUGCUACCCAGUUAAGCCUCCUAACCAUUAUUUCCUACUGUUCUGCCAUCCAGCUUGUUACAUCUGUCAAUUAUUAUUGGCGGAUUAAUGAAAGCAGAUAUUAGAGACAUUAGUGCACCCUGCCUUCCAUCAUCUUCCUUCCGACCUGUAGAUUUGAGUCUCAUUUAGAGGAAGUGGUUACUUCCCUUAUUGUGUGAUAGCUUAAGACUCUACUGCUGCAUUUAUUACUCCAGUCUUCUGUUUUUGUUCCAUUUUUUUUAUUUGAUCAUUUUGUUACUUAUUUGUUUGCUAUAUUUUUUUCUAAAUUAUGGAUGCACAAACCUGUAUACUUACAGUGUAUAUGGCCUACAAUAGAAAAACAAAAAACAUUUGUCUGCAGUAGAGCAUUAUAGAAGACGAGUGUAUUAUUGUGAAUCUUAAAAAGAGGAGAGGCGGAGGGCGGAGAGAGAGAAAGACAAGGAACCCUAAGCUCCACACCUCUCUCUCUCACUUGGACCCUUUUAUCUUAAAAACACUUGUGGACUGAAUUCCUCUUUGAUUCUCUCUCUCUCUCUGAUUGCCUCUGCCUGCCCACGCUAUCCAUGUCCAUUCCCCCUCUAAACCCAAAGUAGCACUAGUAUACAUUUCUCUAAGGCUCCAUUCUGGGGUCAUGCCUGCUUCUAGCUGUCCCUAGUGGCAUUGUGCAAUGUUUCACAGUAUUUACUCUGUGACUUGAGUGUCUGCAAGGACCAAUGCAGCACCAAAAACGACCCUGUUUCACCUAGCUCUCUCCACAACAAGGCGCAGGGGCCUCUGAGGUUCACAUCAGUGUCUCCUGAUGCAGUGUCCUUUCAUCAAUCCUGUACAGACCUUCCCUCUGUCGUUAUACUUUGGUCUCUUGGUUUCUGUUUUUGGAUGAUUUUUGUUUUAUGCAGAUUACCUUUUCCACUGUGUUAAUGUUGCUGGACCGCUGCUGGGUUUGCAUCUGGUAAAAAGCAAAGGUGAUGGUUGGGAGUUGCAAUAUGUAAGGCUACUUCAUAAUCAACAGUGUGAAUCAUAAUUAUUUGUCAUCUUCUCCUGUUUUAGGAAGUGCUUUUACAAACUGGGCCUGGGCUGGCUGGCUGAUGACAGAUUUCAUCCAUAGACUCAAUCACACGUGCCCAUUUAUGUGUGUGUGUGUUUAUACACACAUUUGCACAUGAACACACACACAUUACAUCGACUUCUUCCCUCUGAACACCGUCAGACAUGAACAUAAAUGUACAUAAGAAUACACACAGUCUGUUACACCUCUCCCUCACCUAUGUCGAGCACACACUUUUCCCCCUGUCCCUAAGCCCGCACUAUACAUUGUUACACACAGCGACACACACACGCACACGCACAUAUACAUACAUGUGGUCAAUAACUCUUCUUACAGGUCUUACUCAUGCCUUGCACUAAUGAUGCUCAUGAAUAUAUCUUGUCAUAAUUACAGCCAGUGUGAUAUAAAUAUAUAUAUAAAUAUAUAAAUAAUAUACUGUAAAUAGGGUGUUGCAGUGUAGUCUACCUUUUUUCGAUUUACCAGUGACAGGACUAAUGCUUGCUAGGGAGUUGUGUAGAAAAUGAAUAAAAAAAAACUGUACAGUUAGUAGAACAUAACAUCUACAAUCUGGGUUUGGAGUUUUGUCGCUGUUCCUUUUUUCACACAAAUGGUUAAAUUAUAAUCAGUGGUGGUCUUUAUAAAUGUAUGUAGUGUUAACAAAAAAAAUGAAAUUGCAUUUAUUUAGUAGUCUGUCUUGUACCUUUUUUCUCAAAAGAAAAAAAUAAUAUCCAAAUAUUUUGGUUUAUACUUUUAACAUUAUCUCUCUUGCAUUUCACUAAUUCUUUUUUUUUUUUAGUGGUAUCAGGCUACUUGUCCAGUAUUCCUCCGUGUAAGUAGACCCAAACCUCCAGAAACACUGGUUGUAAAAGCUCCAGAGGAGUCGGACACUGUACAAAACAGUUUGAUUAACCAACUGUAUGCCCCUCCAUAACAUCUCAGUAACCUUGUGACGAUAUUGUGGGAACAGUGUAACAACUAUCACCUGGCACGAUGGUGGUGUGGUUCAUGAAUAAAUGAGUUAACACAUAAUAAGGAUGUAAAUUGUAUGGGUUUUUUGUUGCCGUGAACACUUAAUUGCAGCCGAAAACAUUUAAAUGCAAGCAUUUUACAGUAAUGUUAUGUAAUGACCAAAUAAAUACUGAAAUAAAUUUGAUCAUUUAUCAUUGUAA